ACACAGGCAAACAAAAUGGCGGAUGGUGGGCAUUCAUUCGUGAAGAAGACAUUUCAUAAGCCAACAUACUGUCACCACUGCUCGGACCUGCUUUGGGGCCUCAUCCAGCAGGGAUAUAUCUGCGAAGUUUGCAACUUUAUCAUUCACGAACGAUGUGUCAGCAGCGUGGUAACGCCCUGUUCCGGCAUCGCUCCAUGCAUUAUAAAGAAUCCCGUUGCCCAUUGUUGGUCCGAGCCAACUCAUCACAAGAGAAAAUUCUGCACAGUCUGCCGUAAGCGAUUGGAUGAAACGCCAGCGGUGCAUUGUUUAGUCUGCGAAUAUUUCGCGCAUAUUGAGUGCCAAGAUUUUGCCGUGCCCGACUGCACCGAGAAUGCCACGUAUGUGCCGGGCAAAGAGCUUCUUAAUGUGAAGCAUCAGCAUCACUGGCGAGAGGGCAAUCUUCCAUCGACGUCCAAAUGCGCCUACUGCAAGAAAACCUGUUGGUCCUCGGAAUGUCUCACUGGCUAUCGGUGCGAGUGGUGUGGCAUGACGACCCAUGCCGGAUGUCGCGUGUACCUGCCAACCGAAUGUAAUUUUGGUAUUCUACAACCUAUCUACUUACCUCCGCACUCAGUCUCGAUUCCGCGCACCGAGGUGCCCAUCGAGGCCAUCAUCGGCGUCCAGGUCAAAUCGAAGACAACGCUCGUGCGCGACUACUCGUGUCCCAGUCCGGAUUUGAGCUGUCCGAUUGCGAAUCCGAAUCUGGGCUCCGCCGAAUCGGUUUCGCUGGCGGGCCUCGGCCUGAAGGAGCUGCUCGAGCUCCACAGGCAAAGGCGCGAGCAAUCGAAACAACAUUUUCUCCUUUCCACGCCGCCCACGCCCACAUCCUGUGGCUCCAUCUCGCUCUGUCACUCGCCCACGCCCUCGUCCUUGACAGUUGGCGAGACGAGCAACGACCAGGAGCAGGAACAGGAUCGGAAUCGGGAUCGGGAUCAUCGGGAUGAGGAUCCGGAGGAUCAGGAGGAGAACACGGAGCAGGACAGCGCCCUGCAGCUGACCACCUCCACCUCCAAUGUGAUUGGCAACCUGCAAAAGUCGCCGUCGGCCAACUCCUCGCUGCACCUGCUCUACACGAAUCUCUUCAGGAAGUUGGGACAGGGGAAGCGGCGACGGAAAAGGAACUCCGGAGACAUCUCGCCCAGCGAGGACGAGGACGAUGUGGACGGCGGUGUCUGUGAUAUAAGCGGUGGCGAUCUCAGCGAUGACUACGACCACUGCGAUGUGGCUCUUCGUCGGCGAUCCCUGCGCAGUCGACAACCGAGGGAUGUCAGCGAAACGGAUUACCACGGCGAUGCCGAGGUGGAGGCGGAGGGGGAGACCGCUCCGCGGGAGAGCUGCUACGAAACUUCCGACACCGGUGGCGAGCUGACCAACACCGAUGAGCUGGACAGCAGCCUGAAUCUGAUCAGCAACCUGAGCUACAAUAGCAGCAACAACAGCAACGCCUCCAAUGCCCCGGGAGGUGGGGCUGCUGCAGCUGCUCGAAGCACCAGUGCCACCACUGCCACUGCCCCGGGCAAAUCCGGUCACGCCUUGAGCGUGCUGCAACCCAAGACUGGGGCGACGGGCCUGGGAAAGGCCAAGCCCAAGCCCAUACUCAUGCCGAAGCACAAGGCGCAGGGCAAGGGGGGAUCCCUCAGCUCGCCGAUGUCCAAUUCCAACUCGAGUGACUGCUCCUCGGCCUCGCCCUCCGCGCCGGCUACCCUGCUCCAGCUCUCGCCGGUGGGCAGGAGCAAAUCCUUUCAGGAAUCGGCGGCCAUUACGGCAGUUUCCCGAUACAAGAAGUACGGCAGAGGGCUGUUCCAGCGACGCCGCUCGAAGAGAUCGCCCAAGAAUGCGGGCACGGCGGCGGGCAAGAGCAACUACAGCUUGGACAGGCUCUCGCAGAAUAUUGAGAUCACCAUCCAGGACGAGGAUGGCAACUACCAGCCGUACGAUGACAACUUUCAUAUGUUGGCGCGACGGCUGGACGCCACCGAUGUGGACGACGAUGUGGGCUUCGAUGAUCUCUACCUGGACGAUCGGCCGGGUGGCGCCAGCGAUGACCUGGCCUUCGGCGGCGACAUUAGCGAUGGCGGGGCCAGCAGUCGGUCGCGGGCCAGUGACGCCAGCGAUGGCCAUGUCCUGGGCAGGCUGCUCCGCCAAAUGCGACAGGGCCUCUCCGUCGGAUGGCGCAAGCCGCGCUACCAGAAGCGCAGAGCACGCAGCAUAUCCGAGGAGUUCAGCAGCGGCGACACACCCCGUUUCAAGGACGAGGAGUCGGCCAGCAAGACCGAGUCGGGACAUGGACCGAGCAGCGGAGGAGCAGCUGGCGGUGGCGGGGGAAGUGGCGGCGGAGGUGGCUCAUCCACGGCUGGAGCCUCGACAUCGGCGGCCGGCGGUUCGUCGGGUCACUAUAGACCCGAUUCCGGUUCCGGUCACAAGUCGGACAAGUCGGAGAAGGAUCGCGAGAAGAAGGAGAAGGAGCGCGAGGAGAAGGAUAUAGAAAUGAUCAAGGUGUUCGAUGGCAACAACUCAUUCCGACGCCAACAGUACCGCGUGAUCAUCGUGCAGCGGACGUACACCUUGGAGCAGCUGCUGACCACCGCCCUGCGGGCAUUCCACAUCACACGCGAUCCGCAGGCCUUCUACCUGACCGACCUGUACGCACCUGCCGGCAUGGAGGACACCCCCAUGCUCGAUCCCACGCCCGUUCUCAACCUGACGCACCUGGAGGGCAAGAGGCCGGCCAUCUACCUACGGUUCCACGAUCGCGAUCGCGGCCACGUCCGCGUCUAUCCCGGCAAGCUGCAGUGCUCGAUGCUGGAGGAUCCCUACGUCAGUGUUCCUGUAGAUAAUAGCACAGUUAUUAAGGAUUUGAUACGCGACGCCCUCGACAAGUUCGGGCUGCAGGAUAACCAGAUACAGGACUAUAGAUGCUCGGAAGUUCUGCUCGAUCGUGGAGUCACCGAACGCAUCUUGUCGUGGAACGAAAGGCCCUGGGAUAUUAUGAAGCAGCUGGGCAAGGACUCCAUUCGCCAAAUGGAGCUGAUGCGGUUCUACAUGCAGCACAAGCAGGAUCCACAUGGACCCAACAUUGCGCUGUUUGUGGGCAAUCUACCCACUGGUCUGUCGCAGCGAAACUACGAGCAGAUUCUCAACAAGUACGUAACCGAUGAGAACAAGUUCAUCAGCAUUGGACCCAUCUACUACGAGUACGGAUCCGUGGUGCUCACCUUUGAGGACUCCAUGAAGGCGGUUCGCGCCUUCUACAAUCUCCGCGAGACGAUCAUCGAGGACAAGAAGCUGCUGGUGCUCCUCCUACCGAACAUUGAGCCCAGCAUGGUGCCCUCGGAUGUGAGGCCACUCCUGGUCUUUGUCAAUGUCAAGUCAGGUGGCUGCCAGGGAUUGGAGCUGAUCUCCAGCUUCAGGAAACUACUGAAUCCCUAUCAGGUCUUUGAUCUUGACAAUGGCGGUCCUCUACCUGGAUUGUAUGUUUUCCGGCAAAUAACCAACUACAAGAUUCUGGUUUGUGGUGGCGAUGGCACCAUUGGUUGGGUGCUGCAAUGCCUGGAUAAUGUUGGUCAGGACUCGGAGUGCUCCAGCCCACCUUGCGCCAUAGUUCCCCUGGGAACUGGGAACGAUUUGGCUCGCGUUUUGUGCUGGGGCUCCGGCUACACCGGGGGCGAGGAUCCACUGAACCUCCUGCGCGACGUCAUCGAGGCGGAGGAGAUCCGGCUGGACCGCUGGACGGUUGUCUUCCAUCCGGAGGACAAGCCCGAAGAGCCGGCCAUGAAGGCGCCCUCGCAAACAACCGGUGGUGCUCAAAACGAGGACAACUCUCAGAUUUUCGUGAUGAACAACUACUUCGGGAUCGGAAUAGAUGCGGACCUCUGCCUGGAUUUCCACAAUGCGCGAGAGGAGAAUCCCAACCAGUUCAACUCGCGGCUGCGCAACAAGGGCUACUAUGUGAAGAUGGGCCUGCGCAAAAUCGUGGGUCGCAAGGCGGUCAAGGAUCUGCACAAGGAGCUGAAACUGGAGGUCGAUGGCAAGAUCGUCGAGUUGCCACCCGUCGAUGGCAUAAUCAUCUUGAAUAUUUUGAGCUGGGGAAGUGGAGCCAAUCCCUGGGGUCCGGACAAGGACGACCAGUUCUCUACGCCCAAUCACUACGAUGGAAUGCUGGAGGUGGUGGGCGUAACUGGCGUGGUUCACUUGGGUCAAAUCCAAUCUGGAAUUCGUACGGCUAUGCGUAUAGCUCAGGGUGGUCAUAUCAAGAUACACUUAAAUACUGACAUGCCCGUUCAGGUGGAUGGUGAACCCUGGAUCCAGAGUCCCGGCGAUGUGGUCGUCCUCAAGUCGGCCCUUAAGGCAACCAUGUUGAAAAAGAACAAGCUGAAAAUGAAACGCCGGAAUACGGAACCUACCAUGAUGGUGGCCGGUUCGGCUGCUCCUCCUCUGUCCUUGGCCCUGCCGCCCAGUGUCGGCGAAGUGGGUGUGGCCGGGGAAGGCGCCGAGGGCGACGGCGGUACAAACAACACGGAUUUCUGAAUAUGGUACAGCGAGCGUCUGAUUUAACGUGCUAAUUCCAGCGCAGAACCCAAAACUGCACCCUACACCCCAAAAACAAGACACCCACCCACGAUAAGCCCACCCGAUUUCCCCCACCCAACAACAGCAAAAGCAGCAACAAAAGCAGAAGCAAAAGGAGCAGGAUCAGAAGAAGCCACUUGCCAACCAUCACACUAAAUAAAUCGAAAAUCAAAAGCUCAAAUCAAAAUUACUUGUAUAAAACAGUCCAUAGUCCUCUGAGAUUAGAUCGGAUUAGAUCAGUUUAGCAGCUCAGCGAACCCGGCCGCCUUUCCACGUCUGAAAUAAGUACGUUAAACUCAAACAGCUCGAACCAACACUGUCCGCAGGUCUUGCCAAAAACAAUAUUACAACAAUAAGAUGGCCUGGUUAAUGGGCAUGUACAAAAGAGCUGCGGGCAGGCAGAAAACAAACCACAUUCAAAUGUUAAGGAAAAGCUAAAUCAAUAGAGGGAUAGUGUAGAGAAGAGAUUUAAUUCCAAACACUCAGCAAUAGUCUGGCCAAGUUGUAUCAAAUUCAAGUUCAAUUAUGUUCCUUCUCGUUUUGUUCCUAUGUAAGCAACAGCAGAAACCGAUUAGUGAUACCGUUAAACAGAGAGAAAUGCAAGCAGUAGUAAAAGAAACAGGGAGAACGAAACACAAAACAAAAAAACAGUAAACAAAAACAAAAAAAAAACCGAUAAAAGUAAAGCUAAAGCUAGAGAAACCCAAGAAACAAAACAAAAAGUACAAAAUUGUUGAAAAUUGUUUGUUAUAACUAAAUGAAAUCGCGUAAAACCCAAAAUAUGACAAAAAAACAGAAGAAAAGCUAUUACCAACUAGGCAAAUAAUGUUGUGUUUUCAACCAACAGGUUUCGAAAACCGACAAGAAAAAAACUCAGCCAGGUCAAAAUAAAAAACGUACAGCAGAUGCGGGAAAAUUUAUACGAAACUUUUUUAUGUUACGGAUUGAUUCGAUAUUGAAAUUUUGAAGAAGGGAAAAAGCUGCAAAUUGCAUAGUUGGCUAACUACUACUAAUUGGGACGAAUAAAUUGGAAAUCACAGGCGGGCCUAGCUCGUCUUGUUUGCCAUUUAAUUAAAUGGAACACCUUUGGAUUGUGCAAUUGGUAUGAAUUUUCUCCGCUGCUGUGUGUUCAAACCAAAAAAAAAAUAAUGAAGUGAAACCACGAGAAGUAGGAAAAUGCAUUUUCGAGCGUAGGCAACAAUGGCAUCGCAAGUAUUUCACCUGCAUUUGUCUAAACAAAAAAAAAAAGAAAUGAAACCAACUUAUUUUGGAUGUCAAAUCCGCCUAGAGGAAGAGUGGCGACACUAAAUCCGAAAACUACAAUUUCAACUUUAAAGCGCUUAUAAAGAAAACAAUUUUUGAAAGUUUUAUAAAUAAUUUUACAUUACGUCUUAUGUGAACACACAGUAACACGAAGGACACCGGGACAGCUAAUGGAUUGAGGGCCAGGGAAGGACCGAGUGCGGAUCCCCCGCCCAAGCGACUAAUCGCCUCCGCACUUCGUUCAUCCCUGGCACACUACACGAAGCGACGACGUGGUCCGGUUGAGUGCGGGAUUAGCCGGAUCCGGUUAGUCGCCGGAUAAAUGUAAACAGAGGGGGACGCACUCAGUCGUUGGCCCGCCGCCCAAACAGAACCACACCAACAUGAUAAUCACAACCAAGAACAGACCAGAGUUUUUCCCCCACAAAGCUUUCAGACACGCACUGCCAUGGACAAAGGUCACGGAAAUCGCAUGGCAGUGUUCAUCAAAAUCCAAAUGCAAGCCCAUUCUGCUGGCCCCGCCCUCGGGUCCGGACUCUACUCCGGAUUCCUGGGUGGGGUGGCGGCAGGGCGGGAGUUUGAGCUUAAUACACACAAAAAAAAAAAGAAGAAAGAAAGAGAACACCACCCUUUGCGUUCGGCAAAUCACCUCCGGCUGCGAUUAAGGGGCUCAGUGCGAGGGGUUAAUCGGAGUACACUCGACCGAUUUCCGUGACACAUUCUUCUCCGUCCUUCCGGCGGAGAGCGGAGGACACGCCCGGCGCCACCAGCCAACGACUAUGCAAUGGAUUGAACGAAACAUGCGCCAGAGCCACUUUUUUAUAUUUGACCAUUAAAAAAAAAAAACUAUGAUUUUGCUUUACAAUUCGAACCACUGAAUCAUCCUAGAUUGCGUAGACCUUGGCGACCUUCGGUGCUGUGGCGUUGUCAUCCGGACCAUCCUCCAGGAUGCCUUCCAAACUUGGCAUUGGCUGGAUCGAUUAGCCCCCAGCAAAUUAAAUCGCAGCCCGCAGGAGAUUUGGUUAUUAAUCGCCUCAUUUCGUACAAAGAGAAACCGCAACAAAAACACACUGCACAUCGUUUUUUACCACCCUUGCGUUAUGUUUUUUGAAUGUAUUUAAAGAAAAAAAAAACAAAACAAAACAAAACCAAAUAAAACAAAAUAUGAAAA